AUGUCUGUUGCUGCGCUGCACCGUGAUACCGCCUUCCAGGCGCGGUCUCUGUUCCGCUCUCUUCUGCGAACCUCGUCGCAGUUCUCCAACUACAACUUCCGUGAAUAUGCGCGUCGGAAAACGCGAGAUAUGUUCCGCGAGAACCAGAAUGAGUCGCAGGAGCGCCGGAUACAAGAGUUGAUGCAGAAGGGUCUGCAAGAUUUGCGUCUGUUGAAGAGGCAAACUAUUAUCAGCCAGUUCUAUCAAAUGGAUAAGUUGGUGGUGGAGGGCCAGGAGACAGGAAAGGAGACAGGAGACCAAGGUGGCAUUGUUCGCCAGAAGGAAACUGGAUCUUCACGCUCCGGGCGCCAAUUAGAUAGCGCUAGUCGCUCUAGAAGCGCAAUCGACCAUGAUGUCUUCGAGGGUUUGCCCGUCCGCCGCUGGUCGCGCCAAGUGCAAACUACCUCUCAAGCACCUAAGACCGAGGAAUCCGAUUUCAGCGUCCAGGGCCCUGGAGGAACCCCCGCGCUCCCAGAACUAGCCAUGCCACGCGACAGCCAACUUCUCCCUGCCGCCAGCCGCGCCCUCCUUCGAGCCGCCCGCGCAGGUUGCAUCUAUGUUCGCCAAAGCGGUCGAGCUACAAAGGAGGAAGAACAAAACGCCGCAGCAGCAGAGGAUCAAGCAAACGCCAACGCACACAUGGCUGAUCGCAGUUUCACCAGUCGCAAGUGGGCGAAUCACCCAAAGAAUUUGGAGCCUCCCGAGCUCGAAUUCUUGGCGAAGCGUCGCCCGGGGUUGCCGUCCCUUUACGGUGGCCCUGUUAGCCUGGAUGGAAGCUCUGGUGUGACCCCGGGCCCGAUGCGACGAACCAAAUUCCAGAAAGUCGACCCGGUGACUGGCAGCAUCUCGAUCUACGAAGCUUGGGUCCCUGAAGGACAUCGCAUCGAAGGCGAGGUUACUGGAGAUAUUCAGACUAUUGUGGCACAAAGCGAGGUGCCCGUCAAGCCCGAGGCGCCUGCCCCCGGCACACUCGUGGAAGGCGUGGGAAUCGUCAAUUCGGAAGGUGUUGUGGUUGCGGAGGCUAGCUCUGCUGCAGUCGUUAAUCCCAACAAGCGACGACCGCCUCCUCCCAAGCGCAAGGGCAAGGGUACUGGCAAGGGCCGAAAGAAGAAGGUCAUGUUCGCCCCGGGUGAGGGCGCUGAUGCUGCUACAGUGCAUGGUGUGGCUCCCAGCGCCGGGGGUGGCACCGAUGCCGCCAAGGUCGGUCAGGAUGGCUUACCCAUUCCGGCUGGUCAGGAUGGUCAAGAGGGUCAGGAUGAUGAUGACGAUGAGGGUGAUGACGGUGACGAGAGUGAUGAGGGUGAUGAGUCUAUGAUUGACGCAAAGACGCCCGAAACUCCUUUGCAACAGUCCCUUGACGAAUCUACCGAGCAACAAUCAACCAGCACUCCGGCCGAUCAAGAUAAGGAUGUCGAGAUGAAUGAUGCUGCUCUCGAGUCACAACCUUCUGUCUCAGAGCCCUUGUCUGCUGAGCCGCUACCACCCACCCCGGCUGUUUCUCAAGUUGAGGCUACUGGACAAGAAACCGAGGCAUCUCUUUCUGCAACACCUGCUCCUCUUACUGGGCAGAUUGAAGAGUCCGCGGCCGAGACUAUGGAAUUGCAGGAGCCUCCCAAAGAGGUCUCGCCUCCAAAGGAGACUAUCGCGGCUACCACUGAUUCCGAUAGCAACAUAAGGGAAGCAGAGGAGACAGUACGAAAGGAGGAGCCGCUUGAUACACCAUCCACUUCUCUUCCUGCCGAGGAAGAUGUUAAAGAAUCCCCCGCAGCCGAGAAACAAAGUCCCGCUGCUCCAGAUGCCCCAGCAAACGAAAUCCAAAUAGACUCUCAAUCAGUCAAGCCCGAGGAAAACACACCUACUCUCCCUUCUCCCACUCCCGAGGAGAAGCCUCCGGCCCCUGUCCCUUCUGAGGAAUCUCCAGCACAGACAGAAUUGGAAAAUAUUGCCGAAGACAUUACCCAGCCUCCGGCCGAGUACCAGACUAUCGAGCAACCAGAAACUUUGCCGAAUGUGCAGGAAGAAAAAGAGCCUGUCAAUACCGAGAUCAGUCAGGAUUCCGUGGAGGAACACAAAGAUACCGACAUGGCCGAUGUACCCAACCCAUUAGCAGACAACGAGGUAGUCGCAGAAGAACCCGUCGAGCUGUCAGAAAAGCCAGCGUCUCCUUCAGUGCCACAAGCGCCGACUGAACCAGAGUCGACUGAGCCGACAGUCGAGCCUACUCCUACCCCUUCAACUGCAGAAACCCCAGCCCUCGAGGCCUCCGUGCCUGAUCCGUCGCCUCCCAGUAUGCCAACCCCCGCAGAGCCAGAGGCAAAGGAAGAUGUGGAUUCUAUACCAGCGUCGGCUGGCGUUGAAGAUCAGGGUGAGCCUGUACAGGAAGCAGAGCCAGAGGCAGAGGCUAAGAAGGAGGAAUCAGAGGCAACCCCGGCCCCGGCCGCAGACGCAGAUGCAGAUCCAGCUGCGUAG